CCUCCUUGGAAAGAGAGAAGAGAGAGGGGAUCUCAGUCCUAGCAGCCACCCUACACCUACAGGGAAUCAAGUGACCCGACUCUGACCUUGGACUUCAGGCCAGAAAACAGAGAAGUGACUUUCUGGGCCUUGAUGGAAGAGGCAGCUAGAAGCCUAGAGUCCUGGGGUCCCUGCAGAGCAGGGUGAAGGUGGAUCCAGACCCGCCCCUCCUUAGCUUCCUAUAAGGGCUGGGGACCUGGGACUACAGGUUCACUCACCAUGAGGACUCCCAUGAAACCGGUGACCUUCCUGCUGGCCUUUACACUGCUCUGCACCCUCCUGGGUCUGGGGUGCCCACUGAGCUGUGAAGUGUGCAGGGGCUCCGGGCCCACUUGCAGCGGGAAAAUGAAGGUCUGCGCAGCCGGCCAGGAUGCAUGCGUGGUCAUUGUCGGGGAGUCGUGCACAAAGGGCCGCCACUCACUGAACACCUACAAGGCCUGCAUGAAGUACAGCGACUGCUACUCGGGAUUCGUGUCCACCACGAUGGGCCCCAAGGACUACAUGGUGUCCAACACCCGCUGCUGCCAGAGCGACGGCUGCAACCAGGGCUCGGUGCCCCCUCCCCAGAACAAUCGGACGGAGAACGGCCUCCAGUGCCCAGCCUGCGUGGCGCCCUUUCAGGAGACAUGUCCGGGGACCCAGUCAGCUCGCUGUGUUGGCCAGGAAACCCACUGUGUCUACUUCGCUGGCAACGUGCAGGCUGGUCUCAUCAACCCCAAAUUUGCAACUCGGGGCUGUGCUACCGAGAGUGCCUGCUACGCCAAAGCUGGGGCCCAGGUGCCUUCAGCCUCUUAUCUCUACUUCCUCCGCCGAGCUGACUGCCUUCCAGCACCCCAGCCUUCUGGCAGGGUGGAGUGAAGAAUUGAGGAAUAUGUGGCUUGAGGUGUCUGUGUGUCCCGAGCCUCCAACUCCCCAUGUGCCUAUACAUUAAACAGGUUAACCAAGCAA